CCAAAAGGCUGGUUCCACCAAAAGGAAAGAAGCAUAGUCACCGGAAGAAAAGGAGAAAGAACUUAGAUCAUCAGGUGCGCGGUGUUGCUGGUGCAAUAGAUCCAGAAGGAACUGAGAUGUCUUCACCAAAUGAUGUCAGUAUGGAAGAAAUAUCACUGGAAGACAAUGAGCGAGACAGCAUAGAAUACAAGAUCCUCAUGGCCUAUGCCCAGCGGAAGUUGCCAGCCAGCAGAUACAAGAAUCUCCUGAAAAAUGAGACAAAUGUGCUGAAAACAGCAUCCUUAUUCAGGAGUGAAGGGGAGAUCCACCAUCAAAGGGAUAAAAGCGGGCCAAGCCAAACAUCAGAAUUGCACCAUGGUGCAAAGAAGCAGAAAAUCAAAAAGCAACCCAAACAAAAAUUCUUGUCAAAAUAUUGUCUGCCCUUAUUCUGCAGCAGAUCAGAACAGCAAAGUCCCACAAAAACAUGUGCAUCCAAUAGAAUGGAAGAUUUCUUCACCUCUGAUACCUGCACUGACAGCCAUCAGGAAAGGAUUUUUGAGUUUCAAAGUCCAAAACCAGAUGUCAGCCACAUUGUAGACAAACUCUCCAAGCUUGUUACCACCAGGCCUCAGCCAUCUCCUUCAAAUGUGACAUUCAAGACGCUGGUGCAUACUCGGGCACUGGAACAAGAUGGCAGAGAUACUGCUGAUGGAAAUGAGGGUGAAGGAAAUGAUGAAGAAAAGACAAUACAAACAAUAGUUGCACUGUUAAGAAAAUCAGGAGAUCAACUGGAAGAAAAGUUCAAAAAGGACAGGAGUUUCAAUCAGCGUUUUGCAGAUAUGCUGUCCUAUGCCUUCUUUGAGAGGGUCACCAAUUUAUUCCUGGAGAAUGUCUCAGCAGAUUCCACAAACGAGACAGAAGACCAAUUACAAUGCACCAGAGUUGCCUUCACACUGGAAGUUGCCACCAGACUUACUGCUGUGGACAACCAUCCUAUGAACCUGGUCAUGGGCUUUGGAUUGAAGUACCUCCAAGAACACUUCAGUCCCUGGAUUCGUGACCAUGGGGGCUGGGACAAGGCUUUGAGUUCAUUGGAUCAAGAAGAAGUAGAAUAAUCGUGACUGAGUUCAUUCUUCAGGGUGCCUGAGCCUACAGUUAAGAAACAUGCAGAAUUUGAUGCCAUUGGCUACGUACUUUUAUUUUUCACAUGGAAUGUCAAACGGUUGCAUUUCUAAGUCUGACGGGUACAAUAGCUCUUUCUCAAAGUGAGUAUUGAUGUGCUUUCUAGUGGAUAUGAGGGCACUUCCAACUUGUGACACAUUCAGUCAUGACUUUUGGAUUUCCAUCCCCUGAAAAUCUUCAGUGGAUGGAGAGGGAACUUGGAACAACUGCUGAAGCUGUACCAUCAUGGCGUUGCUCCUGGGACUUUCCAAUACAAAGAGUUAAUGUUUCCUGAAAGUGCUCUCUGCCCCUCAGUAAGAUGCUCUUCUAUUACAGGUACUCAUUCUGGCUUGCAGAAGUAUGUUAACUGUUGAAAUUGCAUGAGGAACUUACUAACAAGUUAUGAAUUUGAACAAAACUGAUAAAAAGCAUUUUAACUGGGUGUGUAAAAUAUGCAAUGCCAUAAAAGAUGAAGUAUUUUUCUAAUAAACCUUAAAAUUAUGUGUAGCAA